CCUACUUGACUUGCACAGUAAUCGGGUCGCAAUUGGCUCUCUCUGCCUGUGCUGUGCCCCCUCCUGUAGUUGCCGAAUAAACAAAGCAAAGCUAGCCUUUCGGAGAUCUCAAGGGCCUAACCCCUCGAUGUCUCCGAAGUCUCUCUUCACCUCUCUCCGUUUCUCUCUAUAGAUUCAUUUCCCUAUAUAUAUACAGACGGACAUAGAUAUUGCUUGACAUAUAUAUAUAUAUAUAGGGGGAGAGACAGAGAGAGAGAGAGAUGUCAACCCUUUCUUCAUCGAUGCACUGCGGUUCAUUUUCUUCAUCAUCGUCGUCGUCAUCGGCAUCGGCUUGUUCCAAUUAUGUGCAUCAUCGGGUGGCGGUUUAUCCGAUUUCUCCCAGGAAAUUUGAGCCCAGAAAGGUCUCCGUGCAGUCCGACCGGAAAUCUUGGUGGAAUGUGGGUUGCCUGCAAGAUGGUGCAGUGGCUGCAACAGCAGUCUCAAGCGAAAAUGAAACUCCUUUAAAGAAAUUGAAACAUUUGUUGUCAACGGCAUCCCCAGAGGAGUCUAUGGAUGCAGCCGGAUUCAAAAUCAAUGGAGACGAGUCCAGUGUCAGUAUUACUGUGGUAGGAGCAUCAGGGGACCUUGCUAAGAAAAAGAUAUUUCCUGCACUUUUUGCACUUUAUUACGAGGACUUCCUCCCAAAGCACUUCACCGUUUUUGGUUAUGCCCGGAGUAAGAUGACUGAUGCCGAACUUAGAAACAUGGUUAGCAGGACCCUUACUUGCCGGAUUGACAAGAGGGAAAACUGUGAUGAAAAGAUGGACCAAUUCCUUAAGCGAUGCUUUUACCACUCUGGUCAAUAUGAUUCUCAGGAUAACUUUGCUGAGCUUGAUAAGAAACUAAAGGAACAUGAGGGUAGUAGGACAUCUAAUCGCUUGUUCUAUUUAUCAAUCCCACCAAAUAUAUUCACAGAUGCUGUAAAAUGCGCAAGCCUCUCUGCCUCCUCCACUAAUGGCUGGACAAGGGUUAUUGUGGAAAAGCCCUUUGGUCGUGAUUCUGAAUCCUCUGCAGCUUUGACAAGAGCUCUCAAGCAGUAUUUGGAGGAAGAUCAAAUUUUCAGGAUAGACCACUAUUUGGGGAAGGAGCUGGUGGAGAAUCUCUCUGUCCUUCGCUUUUCCAAUCUCAUUUUUGAACCCUUGUGGUCAAGGCAGUAUAUUAGGAAUGUCCAAUUCAUUUUCUCUGAAGAUUUUGGCACUGAAGGGCGAGGAGGGUAUUUUGACAAUUAUGGGAUAAUAAGAGACAUAAUGCAAAAUCAUCUACUUCAGAUGCUAGCAAUCUUUGCCAUGGAAACCCCAGUCAGUCUAGAUGCAGAAGAUAUCCGAAAUGAAAAGGUCAAAGUCCUCCGUUCAAUGAGGCCUUUACAGCUUGAAAAUGUGGUUAUAGGACAGUACAAGAGCCAUACAAAAGGAGGUGUUACAUACCCAGGGUAUAUCGACGACAAUACUGUACCCAAGGGCAGCCUAACUCCAACAUUUGCCGCAGCUGCUCUUUUUAUUGAUAAUGCUAGGUGGGACGGCGUCCCUUUUCUAAUGAAAGCAGGCAAAGCUCUACAUAACAAGAGGGCUGAGAUAAGAGUACAGUUUAGGCAUGUCCCUGGUAAUCUUUACAACAGAAACUUUGGAACCGAUCUUGAUCAAGCAACAAAUGAACUUGUUAUCCGUGUGCAGCCAGAUGAAGCUAUCUACUUGAAGAUCAACAAUAAGGUCCCUGGUUUGUGUAUGAGAUUGGACCGCAGUAAUCUAAAUCUCCUUUAUGCAGCAAGAUACUCCAAGGAGAUUCCCGAUGCAUACGAGAGACUCCUCCUCGAUGCUAUUGAAGGGGAGAGGAGACUGUUCAUCCGAAGUGACGAACUUGACGCUGCUUGGUCGCUCUUCACGCCCGUGUUGAAGGAGCUCGAAGAGAAGAAAAUCAUCCCGGAAUAUUAUCCUUAUGGAAGCCGGGGCCCUGUGGGGGCUCACUAUCUUGCAGCCAAGUACAAUGUUCGAUGGGGCGAUCUGGGUCUAGAACAGCAGUAGCGAGCAUGCAUGCAUGCUGUGUGGCUUUACACCGUAUGGGUCGAUACGUAGGAUUUUGCUUAUUAGGUGGUUACACGAGACUUGUUUUAGUUAAACUUGAAGCGACGGGGGGUGGUGGAGAUCAGGAUAGGAAGAUGAAUGAUAUGCGAAGUAUAGAAUCUGGGAAUGGAAUGGAAGGUUGGGGCAGCCUUACCCUUAGGAUCAUCCAUUUUCCUUCCUACUGUUUUAUCUUUAUUUUAUUAUUAUUAGAUUAAUAGAAAGAUGCAUUAGUUUGCCAUUUGAAAACUGUUGUGGAGGAGGAAGCCUCUCCUCUUAACAGUAACUAGAAAAUUCCUUUGGAUUACCAUCCCACCUUUUAAGGGUAGGAUAUAUCAAAUUGAUCACUUUUUAUGGUAAA